AUGGCUUUCGAUUCCAUUCGCGUGCGAGUGAAUAAUCUCACUCCGAAAACAGAUCCUAAACAAUCAUCUAAAAAGUCUUCAGUGAAGACUGAUUCAUCUUCUGUUGCAUCUGUGGCUGUACAGCCUUCUGAGGAACCUACUCCAGCACUUGUGCCUGUGCUCGUCCAAUCUUCAGAUGAGUCUUCCGCGCAACCCGAAUCGUCUGCAAUGCCUGUGCCUGCGCAGCCUUGUGAAGAAUCUUCUGAACCUUCUGAACCCCCUUCUGUAAAACCUGAGACAUCUUUUUCGAAGACUUGUGUUCAAGAUGAAUCAUCUGUUUCGAAGCCUGUCUCUGUGCCUGCUUCCACCCAACCCUUUUCGGAUGUCCCGCAACAGUUAAAACGCUCUGAGGAUGCCCCCAGAAGCCUGAAAAACGAGCCCGAUCUAUGGCUUCGAGCGUACACGGUAUUACAGGAGCAACAACCCGAGCUAAUGAAAGCCUACAAUACACAUCUGGCAUCCUUGCAGCAUGAUCAAGAACAUGGAAGCGGCAUUCUGAAUGAGCGCUCGGUGAAGUUCGUCCUCUGGUUUGACCCAAUUGUCAAGAACGCGGUCAGUACUCAGCCAUACGCAGCACUGGCAUGGUCUGGUGCUUCUUUGCUUCUUCCGGCGCUUGUCAUAUGCCAUCUCUCCAAGAAGCAGCGCUCCCGCGCUUGGGACGACAUGACCAAGUCGAUUGAUUGGGUUGCGAAAAUUACAGAGAUUUCCAAGUUGAGCGAUGACUACAGCAAGCUCAUUGAUCGUUAUGAAGCAACGGAAAUCAGUGACAUUCGGGAUUCCGAGCUGGAGCAGCUGAAUUAUUCCCGGCGUAUCCUCGAAGACCUCCGGGAUCUCGUUGAAGCUACCAGCAAGCAAAGCCAGGCGAACAACCAAGACCAAUAUGAACGAGCCCUUCUCCAAGAUUUUGCGCCUCGCGAUGGAGGCUGGGAAGAUCAUAAAAAUAUCAAUCCAACAAAGGUGAAAGAUACAUGCGAGUGGUUUUUCAAGGACGAAAGAUUCCGCAAAUGGCGCAACACAAACACCUCCACUGUCCUCUGGGUAUCUGCCAGUCCUGGUUGCGGCAAAUCGGUCUUGUCGCGGGCUCUGAUUGAUGAACAACACCUCUAUAGGAGUGUGGCAACCACCGUUUGUUAUUUCUUUUUCAAGGACGGAGCUGAAAGUCGCAUGCACGCCACUGAUGCAUUGUCUGCAAUUCUUCACCAACUGUUCGAGCAUGACACCGAAAAUCAUUUGAUCAAGUUUGCGCUUCCCAGUCAUAGGGCACACGGUCAUAAAUUGUCCACAAACUUCUCUGAGCUAUGGCAAAUUCUCCUGAAAUGCGUUGAGUCGCCAACCACUGGCGAUAUCGUUGUUCUCCUCGACGCCCUAGAUGAAUGUAAGAGUGAAAGUUGGAAGUCGUUGCUGGAGAAACUUGUCGAGUUCUAUUCCCAGCGCCCAUCUGACCAGCCCUCGAAGCUCAAAUUCCUCAUCACCAGUCGCCCAUAUGAUGACAUAGAGCUACAUUUCAGAAGGUUUCUUAAGGCUUCCACUUAUUUUGCAUUUGAUGCAGAUGAAAAUUCCGGUGAAAUCGGCAAGGACAUCGAUAAAGUCAUUGAUGCAAAAAUGGAAAACGAUACAAUUUUUGAGGAGAAAGACCGUCUGUCAAUUGCAAAAAGAUUGAAGAGCAUGGAACAACGCACAUACCUCUGGCUACACCUUACUUUCAACAUAAUUCAAGAAAGUCCCAGUUCAUUUGAACAAUGGGCUGAUUUGGAAGAACUCCUUUCCAGUCUACCUAAAAAGGUAUCAGAGGCAUAUGAAAAGAUCCUCAGCCGAAGCAAGGAUGAAAAACACACAGAGGCUCUUCUUCGGAUCAUGUUGGCUGCGACUCGUCCUCUGACCCUUGGUGAGGCUAACAGAGCGCUCACGCUCGCUCUGAAGCCGAACAAAUGCGGUUCCUACACUGAACUAGUGUCACGCUGUUGGCGCGAAGAAACAUUCCAACAGAAGCGAGAGAAUUUUCUCAUCCACCGUCCACAACAAGGGGAAUGGGGAGGGCGGUUGGAAAUGUCAAGCGCACACGCCGAGAUGGCUCAUGUCUGUCUGCGGUAUCUGUCUUGUCUAGACGAGAGCGAGUUGGCGUUCAUCGAGGAGACUCGCAAGACUUGCGAAAUUCGUGGCAAACCUAAAUCUCGCAUAAGCCGCGAGAUUGGAGAGAAAAUUGACAGAAAGCUUCCUCUGGCACUGUAUUCUGCGCAGCAUUGGAUGGAACAUGGAAAACAUUCCGAGGAUGAAAAACACAUCCAGGACCGCAUCAUGGAUUUUCUUCUCCCGCAAGGGCUGUCUUACUUCGUCUGGGGGAGACUUUUUGAUCCAGAGGAUCCUUGGGACCGCACAACAUUCACAUAUUAUCAGCAGAAAAGCUCAUUGUACUAUGCAUCCUUCGGUGGUCUACAAAAUACAGUCAGCUUGUUGUUGCAGCAGCAACUUCAUGUCAAUGCAGAGGAAGGCGUACUUGAUAAGGCCCUUAACGUUGCAUCCAAAAAUGGCCAUAUCGAUAUCGUGCAGCUGUUGAUAGGAAAAGGAGCUGAUGUCAAUGCACAAAACUUUUUCGGUGUCUCUGCCAUUGAAGCUGCUUCGGCUCAUGGACACAUCGAUCUUGUGCAACUGUUGAUAGAAAAAGGAGCUGAUGUCAAUGCACAAACCUCUUUCGGUGGCUCUGCCAUUGAAGCUGCUUCGACUGAAGGCCACAUCGAUAUUGUGCGGCUGUUGAUAGGAAAAGGAGCUGAUGUCAAUGCACAAACCUCUUCCGGUGUCUCUGCCAUUGAAGCUGCUUCGGCUGAUGGCCACAUCGAUAUUGUGCAGCUGUUGAUAGGAAAAGGAGCUGAUGUCAAUGCACAAAACUAUUCCGGGGUCAUUUGGCUUUACUCCUCUUUAUCUGCUUCCAAAAAGAAUGCCUUACAGUUCCUAUUGGAAAACGGUGCAUAUGUCAAUUCGGCCGGUGAGAGACUUGAGGGCAACAAUGCUCUGAUAGCGGCUUCUGAACGGGGCUACGAGGACAUUGUUCAGCUGCUGUUGGAUAAUGGUGCUGGUGUCAAUUCAAAUGAUGGUUGCUACAAUGCUCUUUUCCGUGCAGCCGAUUGGGGUAACAUAGAAAGCGUGCAGCUGUUGUUUGAUUAUGGUGCCAAUUUCGGCCUGCCUAACAAUCUUCCUGAGCAAGACUUGCCUUUGCAUCCUAUUGGGGAGUACUAUAGUAAUUCCCUCGAUGCUGCUUCUCGUCAUGGCCAUGAAGGAAUUGUGCAGUUGCUGUUGGAAAAAGGUGCGAUCUGGGCAGAUGGAUCAUCCCGGCCUGAUUUCAGUGCAGAUGAUUCCAGUGUACAUGAUGGCGGAAGCCCAUAG